AUGGCGACAUUGGACCCGAAUGCGUGGUAUCGCAUCUCCGAAACACGCGUCGACAACAGCACCGGCCCCUUUGCUCUCAACCUCCAGCUUCGCACCGAAGUAAACGGUCUCAGAGUACACCCGAAAGAGGGGGGAGAGGGGGCAUGGCAAUUCCAGCCGUACGGAGAUGUCAAAGGUCGCUACCUCAUGCGCCUCGAUCAGACGGGCGUGAAGGCGCAGCUGAGCGCAUGCUACGAAGCGACCGAGCCAGCCUCAGGAAAAACCGUGGCGUGUAUGAGAGACUCCUCGACUGAUGCUUCUCAAUUGUGGGAUAUUUCCGACUUCGGAUCGGGGACAUUCAAAUUUGUCAACGUUGCCAACGGGACAGGAUACGUCCUCGACGUCCACCCGAAAUCAAACCUGUUCAUGUCCAACGAAAUCGAGGGGACGAACGGCGUCGAAAACCAACUUGCUCAGCACUGGGUUAUCUACGCUUUCAUCCACUGCAACAUCCACCCGAUCGGCAACCGCAACCUCCUCCACUACACGAUCGACACAGACAACUUCACAAACAGGCUCUGCGGCCUCUGCAGACGCGAUGAGCUCCGCGACUUCGACCAGUUCGCCGUCCAAAGGCAUAUCGACGGCGGCCGGAGCGGGAAUCGCGAAGUCGAGGCCAAGAACGGCGACCAACCCGAUCGCGUAUCCUCCAUGGGAGUCUCUCAAUCCGGUGAGAGCGCGCCGUCGUCAUUACAUGGCGUCUCCCCCACCGUAGGGGUUUCGAGUCUCUCAGCAUGGCAGCCCGCCUCGUCCGUCACCGUACCGCCAGCAUCAUCUUUCAUCAACGGGCAGCAAGUCGCACCAAACGGAUCGCAAGGAGGAUAUUAUGCGGGGGGCCAACAGACGAUGGGUGGACAGCAGGGCGGAUACUAUGAUCAUCAACAGCAGGCGGCUGGAGGACAACAAGCUGGAUACUAUGCCGAUAACCAGCAUUCGACAUCGAUCGCUGGGCAACAGGGCGCGAUAUAUGGUGGACAACCCGCGGCGAUGCCCGAUUCGCAAAACACGGUUAUUGUUCCCACACAAGGGGAAGCGCCAAUUGCUUCGCUGUACGGACAGCGGCUUCCGCCGUCGACCAGUCCGUUGCCAGGCGCAUCCAUCUACGGCCAAAGGAAUGCACCCACGGGCGGAUCUGCUUCGAUUUAUGGACAGUCAAAUGGACCCUCAAGUAGUGCCGCCGCUGCGGUUCCCCGUCAUCAGUUCGAUCACCCCACGGCGCCGAGCGAGUUCGCCCCGACGCCCAACACAGCCGGAACUCAGAACACAUCCCGCAACGUCUAUGGCGCCAACCAAAACGCAACCGCUUCGACAGUCAACAUCGCUGACUUCGAACCGAUGCCCCAGGCUCACGAACUUGAGGCUGCGGAACGAGAAAUCGUACGCCGUCAACAUGAGCUGGGCACUUUCCACCACGGACCUGAGAAUUUCAUGAAUGAACGAUCUUCGAGGACGCAGGCAGCCCCGGCAGCUCCAGCAGCGUCGGCGGCCCCGCAGGCCGAAUUGAGCGCGUACCAGCAUGGGCCCGACACCUUCUCACGCAACGAGGCAAAGAUGCUGGGUGCACCGACCGCCGAGCUCGGGGCCUACCAACACGGUCCCGAUACCUUCGAGAACGAACAUGAAGCCAAAGUGUUGGGCGCCUACCAUCCCGGGACAGAAUCAUUUACUCGAGAGCGGGAGGACAAGGUGCUUGGCAACUUUCACGACAUUAUGAAUUUGGCAAAGCCAACAGGGCGGGGCGGUGCUGGGCCGCAGGCAUACGAAAUGAGCCCAAUACGGACACCGAGGGAACACGGCGACACAAACAGAUGA